UCUCCGGGUCUCAUUGCCACCGAUAAAAAAAAAAACAAAACCCAAAAGAAAAUUGUAUUUGCUUCUCUGCUUCCACCAUCGCUUUUUAAAGUACUCUUCCACAUUUAUCCCCGACGUAUCCUAUAGCGUCCACCUAUUCCUUUCCGGCCUUUUCGUAAUUUCUUUUAAUUUACGAUCCCAUCGUUAUACCUACUCAUCUCCACUCGCCGCCGUCGAUCUCUUCUCUCCGGUCAAUUUAAAUGUUCGCUAGGGUUUUUAUUUAGGGUUUAGUGAGUGCUGAUUCAGAUUCGGUUCUUCGGUGGUUUAGAGUUGGGGUUUUGAUUUAGAAUUUUACUUGGCUUUCAGUGUUAGGGUUUCAAUCUCGAUUCGGGUGUUUCAGAUUCGCAGUGUUAGGGUUUUGAAGUGAUGCCGAGAAGUUCACGCCACAAAUCGAGUAAACAUAGUUCGAGAGAUGCAAGGGACUAUUCUGAUUCCGAAAAGGAUACGAGUUCAAAAGAUAGAAAAAGUAAAGAAGAGAGUACCAGUGUCAAGGUUCUUAAGGAGUCUGCUUCUGGUGAAAAGCGAAAACUCGAGUCUAAUAAAGACUAUAAUAAAGACACGGGAAAUGGAGACUACUCAGAGGAAUAUUCUUCAUCGGCAAAACGGCGGAAAGAGAGAGUGGAGGAUGGAGUGAGUGAUAGGUGGAAUGGUGGAGGAGAUGCUGAUAAUAAUAGAAGCGAAGGGACAAAGAAAUUGAAAGAGAAGUCAAGUGAAUCAAAGAGUAGAAGGAGAGAUGAGAGUGCAGGAGGAGAAGCAUAUGUUGAGAUUGAGGAAGUAGUAAAAAAGAGCAGUGGAAAGAGUGAGGGGAAACAUAGGGAAUCAAGUAGUCGAAAGGAGGGGAGAGAAGGUGGGAUUGAAAGGGAGAGAGAUAGGGAAAAGGAGAGGGAGAAAGAGAGGAGAGGUAAGGAAGGGAAGAGUGAUAAAUUGAUUGAUGGUGAUGAUUUGCGUGUAGUGAAACAAGUUUCUGAUAAAACUGACUUGAAUGCACGUGACAUAUUGCAAAGUCCUGAUUCAGAGUACCUUCCUGAUAGACGAAAUAGGAGAAAACGGGAUGGAUCUGGUGAUGGGGAUAAGCAUCAGAAUGAUAUCGGGGACAACAAUGACAGACGUCUUUCCUCAAAGGAGGAUGUUGCCAAGGAUGGAAGGCUGAAAGAUGAGAAGCAUAAGGACGAGAAAUAUAGAGUUAAGUACCGUGACGAUGUUGACAGGGAAAGUAGGCAUCGAGAUGACAAGCAAAGAGAUGAGCAUACUGUAAAAGAUCACAAUAACAGCAGGUCUGAUGAUAAACACUUAAGGGAUGAUAAAGAUACUGCAGAAAUUAAAACAAAGAAAUAUAAGCCUCAAGAUGGUGAUCGCGAGCGUGAGCGAGAGCAUGAUCAUGAUUGUGAUUAUGAUCUUGGCCGGGACCAUAAUCAUGAAAGCUAUCAGCGUGACCGAGAUCGGGACCAUGAUAGAGAUCGAGAGCGUGAUCGGGAUCGGGACCAUGAUUAUGACCGUGAGCGUGAUUGGGAUUGGGAUCGGGAUAGAGACCGUGAACGAGAGCGGGAUCGUGACCGAGAUAGAGAGCGUGACCGCGACCGCAACCGUGAGAGAAAUCUUGAUUAUGAUGGUGCACACGUGGAUGACCGAGGUGCUAGAUACAAAGAUAGCAGGGGAAGGAAGAGAUCACCUGAAGAUCAUGAUGAUCACAAUGAUGCUAGAGCUAGAGGUGGCAAAACAUCUUAUCUUGACAUGGAAAAGAAAUCUUUGAGCAGCAAUAGAGUUGACUCUGAUACUGACAGAGGAAGGUCUCAGUCACGCCAAGCUCACUCAGAUAGUAAUAGGAGGAGGGCCUCUCCUAACACCAGUUCCCAUGGGGCUGCAGAUGAAUAUAGGCAAUUUAAACAAGAAGAAUUGAAGUACAGAGAUGCUGUGAUAGAACAGAGGUCCAAGUCAACUUCUUCAAGAGAGGUUACUAAUUUGCCAGGAUCAUCAGAUAGAGUGUCCAAGUACAGAUCCUCUGAGAAAUCAACUAAAAUGGAUGAUGGCCAUCUGGGAGAGUUGUCACUAGAAAGGUCUUCAAGUUCUAAAGCAUCACCCAUGGGUGUGAUGGAUAGAUCUCCCUCGUCAACAAGUCUUGAACGCAACAGAUAUAUGAACAGAUCUAGUGUUAGACGGAGUCUUGACAUUGAAGAGUCGGGGAGGAGGAGCAGUGCUUCUAUGGGUGCAAGAGAUAUGUCUUCUGCUGAUGAAAGAACAAGUCGUGAUCUACCUCUGGAAAAGUCUCUAUUAGAUGAGACAACUUCAGUUGAUUCAUCCUUUUACAAUAGGAAUAGUCAGAGCAACUCCACUUUGCUUCCUCCAUCAUCUGCUUUUAGGGGCGGAGUUGGGAGCCCUUCUUUCCUAGGUUCUCUGGAAGAAGAUGGUAGAAUUAACACCGGUAAGCGCUAUAUGAGGGGUGGUGAUCCCAAUUUGGGAAGAGGGCAAGGAAAUGCUUGGAGAGGUGCACCAAACUGGUCUUCACCCGUGCCAAAUGGCUACAUCCCUUUCCAACAUGGGCCACCUCAUGGAUACCAAGCCAUGAUGCCACAGUUUCCAUCUCCUCGUCUGUUUGGAGUCAGACCUUCAAUGGAAAUUAACCACCCUGGGAUUCCUUAUCAUAUUUCUGAAGCUGACAGGUUUUCUGCUCAUUUGCGUCCUCUUGGAUGGCAGAAUAUGAUGGAUGGGUCAGGGCCUUCUCACAUGCAUGGAUGGGAUGGAAAUAAUGGUGUAUUUAGGGAUGAGGCACACAUAUAUGGGGGCUCAGAAUGGGACCAAAAUAGGCAUCCGAUUAAUGGUCGAGGGUGGGAAAGCAAUGCAGACAUUUGGAAAGGGCAAAAUGGUGAUGUAAAUUUGGAUUUGCCUUCAACAUCCUUGAAGGAGGAUUUUCCAGCACAAGCUCCUGUGGAUGAUAUUUCAGCUGGACAGGGAGGUCAGAGGUCACAGAAUGAAAAUAUUCAUCUUGGGGUUGCAGCAAAAACUGUUGAAACAAAAAUAGCUGUUAUUCCCUCAACAAAAGAGCUUUCCAACCCAUCAACUAAAACUAUCCAUGAGAAAGUGGCUCCUCCAAAACUGUCUAGUACUGACAAUGCUACUUAUCUUUACCAUUCUUAUCUUUCCAAGCUGGACAUUUCGAUUGAACUUGCUGAUCCAGAGUUGUAUAACCAGUUUACAAGCUUGCUCAACAUAGAACACGGAGCUACAGUUGAUGCAGAUGCUGCAAUGCUAGUAAAUUUGAAGGAUGGUGCAAGAGCUAUACCAAAGAGUUCCAGUACCUUGUUGAAUUCCUCACUUUUCCCCAUAACAAGUGAUUCUGUUUUUCAGAGAGCCAUGGACAUCUAUAAGAAACAGAGAGAGUGGUUUAGCGGCUCUUCAAUCUCAAAUGGCAGAAUCGUAGAUGUUAUUGCAGCAUCCAAAAAAGAGGAGCAAUUUUCUAAUAAUAAUGUGGACAUAGUAGAAGAGCAAACAUCAAAACGCCCUGCGGAAACGUCUCGUGUGCAGAUGAUGAACUUGGAUGAGACAAAAGUGGAAACUGUUCCAAUUGCAGAUGUGCAGGAGAAUCCAGAUGAUACUGUUCCGAUUGCUGAUAUGCCGGAGAAUCCGGAUGAAACUGUUCCAGUUGCUGAUAUGCCGAAGAAUCCGGAUGAAACUGUCCAAGUUCCUGAAAAUUCAGAUGUUUCUCCCUGCCAGGAGGUGGAUGUUGAUGCUCAUGCCCCUGACGUGAAGUUGGAAUUUUCAGGUCAAGCCCUUAGUCAUGAUAUACCAAAAAAGUCCAUGAUUUUUUUCAGUGGUGAUAAGAUGGAUGGAUUGUCAUCCAAUCUGGUGGAUUCAGAAGGUCCAGGGGGAGAUUUUGUGACGACUCCCGAAGAUGUGCCGAAUGCUGCCAGAGUUUUACCUAUUGAUGGACAUAACACGGAUGAGAUUGGCAAGAUUAAAGGUAGUAAUUCUUUUAAUUGUGCUGAAGAGGGGCAGGGGUUCGGUGACGCAAUAUGUGGUCCAUUAUUAGUUAAGGAUGGCUUCCCCAAGGCAUCUGGGGAUUUAAUGCCUGGGUCAAAUGAGUCUGAGUCGGUUAUUAUAAGUCGGAUACAUCAUUCUCCUGAAAGUACACAUUGAGACAAUUUCUAUAUCCAUGUUCUUUAAUGCGUUUUUUUUUUCUUC